AUCCCGGCACCCUGACGAUCACCGUUACCCCCAUCUCAUACCCUUCGUGAGGCCUCAACGCCUCGCAGCCCACACUCGUUCGACUGCCGACGUUCACUAGUACAGGACAAAGAAUGUUCAAAAGAUACCAGGGAGGAUUGAAGCGUGCGGCUGCAGCAGCUCUGCUGGGCGCCCCGCUUGUGAAGGCUGCGAAUACGUUCAAUGUUUCUACGAAGUCUUCCCUCGCUCCCUACUUGGCUGGCUUCUCGUCGUCGUCAGACCCUUCAGCGCCCGCGACCAAUGCGGCUCUCAAAAUCGUCGUUCCCGUGCAAGCUGGCGACGAGCAGACGUUCAGUGAGGUGCUGGUGGAUACGGGAAGUGCCAUCCUCUGGGUUGGUGCCUUGGACGCGUACCAGCCUGGACAAUACACCCAAGUCACAAAUGAUACCUUCAGCGUUGGCUACGGCGUCGGCGGUGUCAACGGUACCGCAUACAAUGACCGUGUCACGGUCGGUUCUGCUACGGUCAACUCUCAGAUCAUCGGCAGCGCAGACUACAUGUAUGGCUUCACCCUCGAGAAGCCCAUUGACGGUAUCCUCGGCCUCGGACCCUCUGGCUCCAACCAAGGUGAGGUCAGCGGAAGCAACACGACGUCGACCUUCGUGGAGAACUUGGUGUCGGAGGGUACGAUCGACGAGCCGGUGUUCGGGAUCUACGUCGGUCCCCUGGACGACAACGCGGAGAGCGUCGGUCAGAUCACGUUCGGUGGCAUCGACGAGAGCAAGAUUAACGGAGACCUCGUGUGGCUCAACCAGACACCGCCUUACAACUUGCACUGGGAGUUCAACGUCUCGAGCUUCAGUUGGGGCAAUCUCACCGCAAGUGGGCCUCUCUACGGACGCACCGACACCGGCGUUCUUCCCGUCACCGUUCCCUUCGACCAGUUCUUCGACAUGCUCGACAUGAUCCAGGGCGCGGCGAUCGAUGAUUCUUCGCUCCUGAAUGGCUGCAUCACCUUCCCGGGCAACGCCACCACAGACGAGCUACCCCCGCUCGAGAUCGGCCUCGGCAGCCUCCUCUUCAACAUCACUGCGGACCAGUACAUCGUCCCGAAGACCUUGUACCCGUCGCUGAACAUCACGGAUGAUGGGAUGACGCACACCUGGAUUGGAUCUGGUGGCCCAUCGGCCUUGACUCUCGGCCAGAAGUUCCUCGAACAUGCGUACUCGGCGUAUGACAUGGACAACCACCUCAUCGGCUUUGCACACCUUGCGUAAGACGACGGUGCUCUCUCUUGUCUUGCGCACCAGACAC